UUCCGGCCCCGCGCUGCCCAGCGGGCAGAGGGCGGCACCAGAACUUGAGGGCCUGAGGGCGGGGACACCGGGUCUCGGGGGCGGGCGGGGCUGGUCUGGCCCGGGGGCGGGCUUUGAGGACGGGCUGUCGCCCGCCUUCGCCGUGGCCCAAGCAGCCGCGCUCCUCCGCCCGCCUAGCAGCUUCCCGCCGCCGCCUGAGGGCAUCCGAGUUUUACAGAGCAUCAAGCAGACCUCCUUGUGCUCCCUGUCCUUGGGAGUUUUCUGUUUUAUUUAUGGUCGUGUGGAUAUGUGAAUCCCAUCCUCUCAAUGUAUCCCUCUCCACCGUGGUUUCCCCUUAGGUUAAGGCUGCCAGGGGACCCAGCUGUGUGCGGAUGGAUGGGACAGAGGCCCGACAGCGGAAGCCAGAGGAGCUGGGGCUGCCACAUGUCCUCAGCACCGGAAGACCCCCUAUAGUCUCAGAAGAUGGACUGCUUAGUGUCCCCGAGAGCGAGAGAGUGGCCCCUAAACCACUGGGGCUGGAGGUCAGCAGGGAGACUGCCUUGUCCAUCGGCCUUCAGGUGGCACUGCCUUUCGUGUUCGCAGGCCUCGGGCUGUCCGGGGCAGGCCUUCUUUUGGACUAUUUCCAGCGCUGGCCCGUGUUCUCGGAGCUCAAGGACCUGCUGACCUUAGUGCCGCCCCUAGUGGGCCUGAAGGGCAACCUGGAGAUGACGCUGGCCUCCCGGCUCUCCACGGCGGCCAACACUGGACAGAUGGAUGACCCCCGGGAGCAGCACAGAACCAUCAGCAGUAACCUCGCCCUCACUCAGGUGCAGGCCACUGUCGUGGGGCUCCUGGCCGCCGUGGCUGCCCUCCUGCUGGGCGCCGUGUCUAGGCAGGAGCUGGACCUGGUGAAGGCAGAGGUGCUGUGUGCCAGCAGCGUCAUCACCGCCUUCCUGGCAGCCUUCGCCCUGGGGAUGCUGAUGGUCUGCAUCGUGAUUGGUGCUCGGAGGCUCGGGAUCAACCCAGACAACAUCGCCACGCCCAUCGCAGCCAGCCUGGGAGACCUCAUCACCUUGUCCCUCCUGGCUUUCGUCAGCAGCUUCUUCUACAAGCACAGAGACAGUCGGUACCUGACGCUGCUGGUCUGCGUGGGCUUCGUGGCCCUGACACCCGUGUGGGUGCUCGUCGCCAAGCAGAACCCGCCUGUCGUGAAGAUCCUGAAGUUUGGGUGGCUCCCGAUCGUCCUGGCGAUGGUCCUUAGCAGGUGCACAUGGUGGUGCCAUGAGGGCCUGGUGGGCUGGCGUCAUGUAAUGGGCCUUCCAGACCAGCUGAAGCUGAGAACAGAGGUGCACAGCACGGGUGGGGUGCAGAGGACCCACCAGACCACCUCAGCUGUGCCAGGUUCUGGGGCACCAGGAGCGGCCGGGCAGGGAGACAGCUGCAAGUGCAGCCUGACGCUGGCACCGUGGUCUCUCCCCAGCUUCGGAGGGCUCAUCCUGAACAAGACCGUUUCUAAGCUGCAGUUCAAAGGCAUGGCUGUGUUUGCUCCCAUCAUAUGUGGUGUUGGUGGCAAUCUGGUGGCCAUUCAGACCAGCCGGGUCUCCACCUACCUGCACAUGUGGAGUACGCCUGGCGUCCUGCCCCUGUGGAUGAAAGCAUUCUGGCCCAACCCAUGCUCAACGUUCUGCAGCUCUGAAAUCAACUCCACGUCAGCCCGAGUCCUGCUCUUCCUGGUGGUCCCAGGCCAUCUGAUCUUCUUCUACAUCAUUUACCUGGUGGAAGGCCAGUCCGUGCCAAACGACAGAAGCUUUGUGGUGCUCUACUUGCUGGCAGGCCUGGUCCAGGUGGCAGUCCUGCUGUAUCUGGCAGAAGUGAUGGUUCGGCUGAUGUGGCGCCAGGCCCUGGACCCGGACAACCACUGCAUCCCCUACCUGACAGGGCUGGGGGACCUCCUGGGGACAGGCCUGCUGGCACUCUGCUUUCUUGUCCACUGGCUGCUGGUGGGCACCUUGGAGCCAGUGUCUGGAGCUUCCUAGUAUACGCGCUGCUCAGCGUCACCUCCCCUCAUGCCCGCAGGAAUGCAACAAUUUCCUCCCAAGCUGGGCCCUCAGGGCAGCUGACACUGGCCUCUGUAGGGGCCUCUGCCAGUCUGCCCAGGAGAUGCACACAGUCUGGGCCUGGGGGCUGAGCCCAUGAUGGAGCUAGUGCAUAUGUGCACAUGUACCAGGGGCAGGGCGGUCUGGUCUGCAGACACUCCGCUGAGUGGAUGCCUGCACUUCUACGGGUGGCUGGCACUGUCUUGAGCCCAUGUGACCCAGACUGGGGUGGGGCAGGAAGGAGGCCCUCUGUUCCCAAGCCUCAGGGUGCUAAGCAUAGGCAUCACUGCUGUCUGUGCAGAGUGCAGCCCCGGGGUGGCUGCUGGGGGCUGUGGACGUGAGCACCCUUCCCAAUACAGGCUUUGAUCACACCCUUUUCUGCUCCCAGCAUUUCCUCAUCUCUGCUUGCUUUUUCUCCCUCACGCAUUUUUCCCCCCUUUCUUUAAAGCAAAAGUCCUCUGCUUAGAUUUUUAAUGAUCAGGGGAGUGUAAAUAAAACUGGAACCCCAGUUCUACUCUGAGGAAGGUGCGGGAUUGGCCCCAACACAAGAGGGGUUGGCGAGCUGGACGGAUGGAAGAAUUAUUACUCUUGACUGGAGAAAAAAACAGCAUUAACCCCCUGCAUGGCUGUACAGAACCUUUAUUCAUGUGCGCUGGUGUCGGGCCCAAGGUCAGCAGGGGCUCCGAACCUAGGAGAUUAGUCAAUUCUGAGCACUUCAGGUGGACACUAACUGAGGCAUGAAGAUGAAGGGCCACCACACAGCCUGGAGGGGGACAGUGUGGCAUGGCCACUGGACAGCACAGAACUGCCUUGACAUAGCACAGAGUUUUGUGGUUAAGAACCCUCUAGAAAUGGGGACACCCCCCACCCUGCCCAGGAUGGAGAGAUCACGCUAGAAAGCUGGAGUCACUAUAAAAACUCAAGAUACAAACUGACAAGAGUUUGGAUGACUUCAAGUCUGAGAAUCAAACAGCAACUCGAAUAAAUACUUCUAAAGACCCCAGGCAAAAAAACCAUUUCUGAGAGACCCUGUGUGCAGUCCGUGAAUGAACAAAUAAACAUUUGCAAGUUUG